GCCGCGCCGCGGUCUCGCUGUGUCUGCUCUGCGCAGCGCCUGCGAGCGGAGGGAGUCGGUGAAACGCAGCGGCGGUUCCAGCGAGUGCGGCUUCGGUAACGAUGCACUAAACCUGCCUCUUCAUUCAUGCUCUCACAGCCCAAGCAGAAAUACCAAACAACAACACCUCCAUUGUGACUCAUUCUCCCCGGUUUAAUCGUUGCUGCUGAACUUGGCUCGGAAAAGAAGGUUUAAUGAAAGAGAAAGACGAGAAGAAGCGCACGGCAACGUUACCACUGUUUUUAUUUUCAUCCCUUUCUGAAUGACGGGCGGACGGUUCGACUUCGACGAUGGAGGCACUUACUGUGGCGGAUGGGAGGACGGGAAAGCCCACGGGCACGGCAUCUGCACGGGACCCAAGGGUCAAGGCGAGUACGCCGGGUCCUGGUCCCACGGUUUCGAGAUAGUCGGGGUCUACACCUGGCCCAGCGGGAAUACGUACCAGGGCUACUGGUCGCAGGGCAAACGCCACGGGCUGGGUGUUGAGACCAAGGGGAAGUGGGUUUACCGCGGGGAGUGGAGUCACGGGUUCAAGGGUCGCUAUGGAGUUCGGCAGAGCACCAAUACACCUGCUAGAUACGAUGGGACGUGGAGUAAUGGACUACAGGAUGGCUAUGGAGUCGAAACCUAUGGGGAUGGUGGCACAUAUCAAGGCCAGUGGAUGGGGGGCAUGAGACAUGGCUAUGGUGUGCGGCAGAGCGUGCCUUACGGAAUGGCCACCAUUAUCCGCUCUCCGCUUCGCACCUCCCUGGCCUCCCUAAGAAGUGUGCAGAGCAACGGCGCCGUUCUGCAGGACACGGUUCCCGACACGCCAGUUGGAAGCCGUGGUGGUUUCGUGCUGAAUUUUCACAGCGACACCGAAGUCAUCACCGGGAAGAAGAAGGGCCUGUUCCGCCGCUGGUCCCUCUUCGGCAGCCUCCGCCAGCUACGUAAAUCCGACUCUAAAACCUCCAUCUCUAGCAAACGGAGCUCGGCACGUGGCGACGCCACCAUGAGCCGCAUCAGCUCCAGCGACGCCAACUCCACCAUCAGCUACGGAGACGGAGAGGUGCCCGAUGAGUACACCAUGGAGGACCAUGUGGGCGCCACCACCACUGAGUCUUACAUGGGCGAGUGGAAGAACGACAAGCGCAGCGGGUUUGGAGUCAGCGCAGCGAUCAACGGGCUGAAAUACGAAGAAUGGAUGAACAACAAGAGGCAUGGAUAUGGAUGCACAAUAUUCCCAGAUGGAAACAAAGAGGAGGGGAAGUAUAAAAAUAACGUGUUGGUGCGUGGGAUAAGGAAGCAGCUUAUUCCUCUUAAAAACCAUAAAACAAAAGAAAAAGUUGACAGGGCCGUGGAAGGGGCUCGAAGGGCGGCAGCUAUCGCCAGGACUAAAGUGGAAAUAGCAGUGUCAAGGUAG